AGAUAAUAGAAAUGUUCCCUCCUCCACUUGCCUCCCAAGGUCUCAGUGUAGGUAUUAUAUUUCUCCUUCAGGACCAAGAGGAUCACAUAGACAUAAAUAUGACUUGAUCCAUGGAUAGGUCUUCAGUUUCUUGAGGAACUCCGGUAGUUUUCAGGAGGCAAUGCUAUAACUGCUAUACAAUGAACUUCCAACAGUCAUUAUGUCAUUUCUAAAUGGCACCAGCCUAACUCCAGCUUCAUUCAUCCUAAAUGGCAUCCCUGGUUUGGAAGAUGUGCAUUUGUGGAUCUCCUUCCCACUGUGUACCAUGUACAGCAUUGCUAUUACAGGGAACUUCGGCCUUAUGUACCUCAUCUACUGUGAUGAGGCCUUACACAGACCUAUGUAUGUCUUCCUAGCCCUUCUUUCCUUCACAGAUGUGCUCAUGUGCACCAGCACCCUUCCCAACACUCUCUUCAUAUUGUGGUUUAAUCUCAAGGAGAUUGAUUUUAAAGCCUGCCUCGCCCAGAUGUUCUUUGUGCACACCUUCACAGGGAUGGAGUCUGGGGUGCUCAUGCUCAUGGCCCUGGACCGCUAUGUGGCCGUCUGCUUCCCUCUGCGUUAUGCCACCAUCCUCACUAAUUCAGUCAUUGCUAAAGCUGGGUUCCUCACUUUUCUUAGGGGUGUGAUGCUUGUUAUCCCUUCCACUUUCCUCACCAAGCGCCUUCCAUACUGCAAGGGCAACGUCAUACCCCACACCUACUGUGACCACAUGUCUGUGGCCAAGAUAUCUUGUGGUAAUGUCAGGGUUAACACCAUCUAUGGUUUGAUAGUUGCCCUGCUGAUUGGGGGCUUUGAUAUCCUGUGCAUUACAAUCUCCUACACUAUGAUUCUUCGAGCAGUUGUGAGUCUAUCAUCAGCAGAUGCUCGACAGAAGGCCUUCAGCACCUGCACUGCCCACAUCUGUGCCAUAGUCAUCACCUAUGUUCCAGCCUUUACCUUCUUUACACACCGUUUUGGGGGACACACCAUUCCUCCACACAUACAUAUUAUUAUGGCUAAUCUCUACCUACUAAUGCCUCCCACAAUGAACCCUAUUGUGUAUGGGGUGAAAACUAGGCAGGUACGAGAAAGUGUCAUUAGGUUCUUUCUUAAGGGAAAGGACAAUUCUCAUACCUUUUAAAGUCUUCUGAGAUGUUAGAAUUUUCUUAGCCAGGUUGAGAUCACCAAGUCAAUAGGGAGCUCUUUAAAUGACACCAGAAAUCUGGCCACAGGAAUAUUUUUAUGAUAGUCGGAUUACUCUACAUCUUUGGAAAGGGUACCAUCAUGAUCAAAUAGGUAAAUACCCUCUCUUAUGUUAUUCCAUGUUCUUUAAAGCCUUUUUACUAUAGAGGACUUCGAAGUUCACUGCAUUUAAUCUUCACAGACAUCAUCUUCUCUCCUAAAUGACAGUCUACACAAAUUUGCAGCACAGUGGUUGGAUCACUAACACUGGAGUGAAACUUUUUAAAAAAUUUAAAUCUCUGGCAAAACAUGAGCCGUGUUCAUUUAUGUCUGUCCUAACUUACUUAGCUCAUCAUUUUCCUGCCAAAAUCACUUAGAGUUUAUUCUGCUUCUAUCCCAAGUUUGCCAGCUGUAUAUCCAGUAGCAACCCAUACAUAUGUUAACCAGAAAACUUCUAAAGUUGUAAACUGAAGCAUGCCCGUAAUACCCAGAAGCUGGCAAUCACACCAAUGUCCAUCAACAUUAGACAACAUUAAUAAAUAAUUGUGGUCUAUUCAAAUAUAGUAUUAGGUGAAAGAGAUAAAAACACAUAUUAUAUAUUGUCAUUGAUGUACAGUUCAGAAGUAGGCCAAACUAACUGAGAUAAUGUUUAACUUUGAGAAUGAGAAACCAGGUAAUGAGGGGAUGCUUCUGAGGUACCGCCGUUGAUUGGUUCUUGACCUGGAUGGUAGUUGCAGGGUGUAUCAACUUAGUGAUAUUUCAUGAGCCUAUUAUUUGUAAUAUCUGCUCUUUUUGCCUGUGUACUAUGCUUCAACAUUUUUAUUUAAAAUAAUAUGUCUUGAGCACACACUCUCACCUCCCUAAGCUGUGAGACAUUUCUUUCUUGCUUCCUAUGACAACUGUCUAUAGUUUACAAAGUAUAUAUACUUUCUUUUCUUUCAGAAGUAUGUUAAAUUUAGCAUAAAUAAUAUGUGCAUAUUUGUACAAAUCAUAAUAAAACAACAAAGACAAGAUCAUCAUAAAAAAAUUAAACUUCCCUUUUGAAACUGUCCUCCAUCUAGUCCCUUUUUAGUGAUGGCCUCUUAAAAAUAUUGUUCGUGUAGCAAAGACUUGGAACCAACCCAAAUGUCCAACAAUGAUAGACUGGAUAAAGAAAAUGUGGCACAUAUACACCAUGGAAUACUAUGCAGCCAUAAACAAGGAUGAGCUCAUGUCCUUUGUAGGGACAUGGAUGAAGCUGGAAACCAUCAUUCUCAGCAAACUAUCGCAAGGACAAAAAACCAAACACUGCAUGUUCUCGCUCAUAGGUGGGAAUUGAACAAUGAGAACACUUGGAC